AUGUCGGUUGUUUCUCUUCUCGGGGUUAAAGUCCUCAACAACCCUGCCCCAUUCACCUCUUCCUACCAGUUCGAGAUCACGUUUGAGUGCUUGGAGCAGCUUCAGAAAGAUCUGGAAUGGAAACUCACCUACGUCGGCUCUGCAACUUCUUCUGAGUACGACCAAGAACUUGACUCCCUUCUUGUCGGACCUAUUCCUGUUGGCGUGAAUAAAUUCAUCUUCGAAGCCGACCCACCAGACCUCCGACGGAUCCCUACAUCAGAAAUCCUUGGCGUGACCGUGAUCCUCCUCACCUGCAGCUACGAUGGCAGGGAGUUUGUGCGUGUUGGAUACUAUGUGAACAAUGAAUACGACUCAGAGGAGCUUACUGCCGACCCUCCUGCCAAACCCAUCAUUGAACGGAUCCGCCGCAACAUCCUCGCAGAAAAGCCCAGAGUGACCAGAUUUGCCAUCAAAUGGGAUACGGAGGAAUCUGCUCCAGCUGAAUACCCGCCAGACCAGCCCGAAGCGGAUGGCCUUGACGACGAUGGUGCUGCUUACGGUCAAGAGGAGGCGGAACUUGAGGCUGCACUUCUGAAGGAGCUGCAAGAGGCUGAAAAGAACGAGUCAACCAAGGGCGAGGACCACGACAUGGAGGGCGCAGACAAUGGGGAAGAAGACAUCUCCGACGCAGAAAGUGAGGAUAUCGAAGACGAGAGUGAUGACGAUGAGGACGAGGUCGACGAAGAAGAAGGUAACGAUGCCGACGAGGACGUCGAAAUGGGCGAUGACUCGGAACCGAAAGACGACAACGCAAACCCGGCCGCGCACCAUUCGCAGCAGGAAGUUAUGGUCCAUUAA